AUCAAACGAGUCUAUCUCUAUCCAUCAGGAAUUAGAAUAAAGUUACAAACAAAGAAUCAAUCACAGCCAAACUUCAACCUUUUUUAUUUAUUUAUUUUAUUUUAUUGUUCCUUUCACAUUCAUAUCCAAACUUGUUCCCUUGAAGAAAAACAUAGCAAACUUAGGUGCAAAAAUAAUAGAAAAGAUAUGGGGUGUUUCAGGGGAAAGAGUUCCAAAGCUUCCCAUGACCAUCCCAUGCAAUCCUCCUCAACUCAACCUGUAGUUGCAUACCCAGAAAACAAGAAUCUGAAAGUAGAGCCUCUUUUGCAGAUUCCAGGAUGCAGGGUUUAUCUGAUGGAGGAAGGAGAAGCCUUGGAACUGGGCAAGGGUGAGUUCACACUUGUGCGGGUAUUAGAAGAGAAUGUUCCUCUUGCUACCAUCGUUAAAGUUGGGGAAGAUGUUCAAUGGCCUUUGACAAAAGAUGAGCCGGUUGUGAAGCUUGAUUCCUUUCACUACCUCUUUUCCUUGCCCAUGAAAGAUGGGAAUCCUCUGAGUUAUGGAGUGACCUUUUCGGGACAGUAUGAUAGCAGGCUCAUGAGCUCCUUGGAUUCGUUUUUGAAGGAGCAUUCAUGCUUUUCUGGUGCAACUUCAACUGGGGAUAAACAUGUGGAUUGGAAGGAGUAUGCUCCCAGGAUCGAAUCUUAUAACAAUGUUUUGGCAAAGGCCAUUGCUGGAGGGACUGGUCAGAUUGUGAAGGGAAUCUUCAAAUGCAGCAAUGCUUAUACUAGCCAGGUUCAGAAAGGAGGAGAAACCAUUUUAAUGCAAGCUCCUACAGCAAGUAACAAUGGUUACCAACGCAGCAGGACCACAAGGAUGAGUAGUGGAGCUGUCAACAAAAGCCUAAAACGUGUGCGAAAGCUGUCCAAAAUGACUGAAAAGAUGAGCAAAGCAAUGCUGGGCAUAGUUGGUGCGGCUAGUGGAACAGUGAUGGCACCUUUGGUUAGCUCCAAACCUGGGAAAGCUUUCUUAUCCAUGGUUCCAGGAGAAGUUCUUUUAGCUUCACUUGAUGCUGUUAACAAGGUUCUAGAUGCAGCAGAGGUUGCUGAAAAGCAAGCUUUUUCUGCAACAUCAUCUGCAGCAACCAGAAUGAUGACUGAUAGGUUUGGUGAAAGAGCUGGGGAGGCGACAGAAGAUGUGCUAGCAACAGCAGGGCAUUGUGCUGGUGCUGCUUGGAAUAUAUUUAAGAUAAGGAAGGCGAUCACUCCCAGAUCCACUGCCACAUCAGGAGUAUUGAACAAUGCGGCCAAGUAUAGAAGCACCAAAUCUUAUUAGACUCUUGUAUUCAACUGAUUCAUUCCAUCAUCUGCAAACAAGCAAACAUGAUUUAAAAGCUUCUCUCUAUAUAUAAAUAUAUGUCUGCAAUUUUACUAAA